GAUGACAAAUAGAAAUAAUUUAUCUCAGACUAAUUGACCUAAAAAGUUAGGGUUGACUCUGAUUUAAUGCCAAAAAGUAAGAAAAAAGCCUUUUUAUCCAUCAAUACAGUUGAUAUGCACAUCCUGUUUCAACUACAUUUCUUAUCAACUUAAAAUUCGGAAAUAGAUAAUUCCAUAAGUGUUUUGCCUCUUGGAAAUUCUCAGUGUCCUUCCAACAGAUUUGCCAUCAAAUCACCAUUUUUAAUUUUUGAAAUGCUUCACACCCCUUGCAGGAAGAGUCUAACCCUCACCACUGUGACCAUGCUGGGGUUUUAGAGAUGUAUCAACAAGAGAAGAAACAGAAAGAUAAGUCACAGUCUUCAUCAAAGGCAGAUCUGGUAGAUACUGAAGGGGAAGAAAAAAUCAAUUUAGAGCUGAAAAAACAAAAAAGAGAAAAGAGCCUACUGCCUUACAUGAUAACCAUUGGGGACGGGAUACACAACUUUGCAGACGGAUUAGCAAUAGGUGCGGCUUUCUCUAUGUCAUGGAGGUCUGGUCUUUCCACAUCCCUGGCUGUACUCUGCCAUGAACUCCCACAUGAACUUGGGGAUUUUGCCGUCCUGCUUCACAGCGGCUUGUCUGUCCGAAAUGCAUUGCUUUUAAACCUGGGCAGUGCUCUGACCUCAUUUAUUGGGCUGUAUAUCUCUCUGUCUGUAGCCACUGACCUUGCAACCCAACAGUGGAUAGGUGCAGUAGCCACAGGGCUCUUUCUAUAUGUCGGUCUGGCUGAUAUGCUCCCUACGUUGAUCCAUGCUCACAGUAAGAGACAAUGGCAGAAAUUCCUGAUUCAGAAUGCCGGCCUCCUAACUGGUUGGAUUAUCCUGCUGUUGCUGUCACUAUACGAAGACAAAAUUAGCAUUUAAAAUUUUUUUUUUUUAAAUCUGCUCUUAUUGUUAAUUUUGUUUGCAAAAACCUUGUUAAGCAUUUGGAAAAUAAUAAAUCUUAAUACGUUCAUUUUUUGUCAAAAUAUUUCCUAAAGGGGUCACAAGAGGACAAAAAGCAGCCAUAGGUUCCAUGCAUCCUAUCUAUCCGAUCAUAUUGAAGAUCCAGAGUGUAUAGGAUGGUGUUACAUCCUGGAAAGGUUGCCUGUUUAUGAGUAAAGCCUCUUGUGUCCUCUGUUGUUCUUUACUGUUGUUCCAUUCACACUGAUUGAGAACACUUCAAAAGGAAGCAAAAGAAUCAGUAAGGUUAUAUAACCUAAAAAUGGUUAGGUUAGUUGGUUUACAGGGUCUAUGAGAGGUCUACUAGGGUGAUUCCAGAAUAAAGUUUGCACAGUAAUAUGCAUGAUGUAGCAUGAGAGUUCUGUUUAAAUUGUUGCUCAUCCCCCAAAGUGAUACCAGAUCCAUUCCAGGGUGCUGAGAUGAGCCCUGAAAGCAGUAGCAUCAUAUAAAUUAAAGCAGGACCUACCAUGCUGGCCACAUCCUAGUUUAAUUGCACCAGCUCUGGGCACCCAGGGCACACUUUUCCAUACUUUACUAAAUUGCUGUUGGUACCAUAAAUCCUGCUCUUUAGUAGUUGUAUCAAUAGGGACCUUCCCCAAGAAUUGGUACAAACAAUACACAUAGCACACAUAUAUCAGUGCAUUCGUUAGGGUUACAUCUCCAAUGUGAAAAUUUAGGCGAAAG